CCGAGUUACAGAUAAAAAUGACAGGAUGCAGUGGGUGUCUCCAACUGUCAACCCCACAAAAUGGAUGAGCCUCGGGAUCCCCGCAGAUUGUGUAGCCGAGUUCUAAUGUCCUUUAAAUGAUGUACAAUGCGCAUUCCUGGGCAUCAAAUCGCGGCUUGAAGUCUAGAUUUUGUGGCUGACAUAUACACUUUGAUUCCAGAGGUACUCUUCUCUUUGAAAGGCGAGAAGGACCUUUGAGCCAUGCAAUACCUACCAGAAAAGGACUAUGACCUCCCUCAACUUGAUUUGCUUACACUCUUGUUUGGUAUGGCCGCUCCGUUAUAAAAAAACAGAAGGAAUCUAAUGUUAGUAGAAUCAGCUCUCUCCCUGACGAAGGAGUCCACAGUUCUCCACGCAGAAGCUGCGGAUCCAACGAACCAUGUCACGAAAGCCCAGGCACGAACAAUAACCAAGCGCCUCGCCCAUGUCUUCCGUACGGAGUUUGGAAUCGGUGCUACCGGUCUUGGUAAAGAUGCUGUUCUGUGUAUUUCAGCAAACCAAGUCCUUUUGCCUGCUGUUUUCUACGGCAUAAUCGGCGCAGGAGGGGUAUAUGCUGCGGCGUCGACAGCGUUGACAUCUCCAGAGGUCACGAAACAGCUUCGACAAUCAAAAAGCAAGCUGGUAAUCACAUGUGUAGAGAACAAGACAAAAGCGCUGGAAGCUGCGCGGGAGUGUGGGAUCCCGCCGACCCGGGUACUCGUGCUUGAGAGCAUGGGCCACAAGCGGCUCCUGUAUGACACUGUCAACCCAGCGAGGGAUUUUCUCCAGAAUAGCUCUGAGCUAGAGUGGGAUCGAAUCACGGAUAUCGCGGCGUUGGAGAACACGACUAUCUGUCUCCUCUAUUCCAGUGGGACAACGGGCCCUCCCAAAGGUGUCAUGCUGUCACAGAUGAAUCUGGUCUCAGAGGCACUGUACACACAACUGAUAUUGCGCGAAUCCAAAAAAGGCUUCCCUCAUCUGAACGUACCGUACAGUACAAUCGGUCAUCUUCCUACGGCACACAUUGCAGGAGCGUUGGGAUACUUCAUCACGCCCGCUCUUGCUGGAGGCACGGUGUACUGGAUGCCCAGAUUCAACAUCGACGAGUUCAUCGAUUACUGCAAGAAAUAUCGAGUGACAUUCCUAGCAACAGCGCCUCCGGUAUAUCAUGCCAUUGUGCGAAGUAACAGCGUCUCGGACCACUUUAGUACCCUUGUGCGGGCAGAGUCAGGUUCAGCGCCACUUGAUGUCGGGCUCCAGGCACAAGCGGAAAAGAAAUUAGGUUGCAGCAUCAGUCAGCGAUGGGGCAUGACGGAAACGACUGGGAGCGUGACCACAAUGCCAUGGGGUCAGUCCGACAGCACAGGGAGUAUCAGUCCAUUACUCCCAAACACGAGGUUACGAAUCGUCAAUGAGCAGAUCAAGGAUGUUGAUAGGGAAGAGGAGGGGGAGAUCCUGCUCAAGGGGCCGAUGAUCUCGAAAGGCUAUUUCGACAACCCUGAGGCAACCCUUGACUCCUUCACACCCGAUGGCUGGUACAAGACAGGAGACAUUGGGGUCCACAAGAAUGGAAGAACCUAUGUGGUCGACCGCAAAAAGGUAAGCAGAGCAGCAAGUCAACGCUGGUUGACAUGCUAAUGCUAUGUAGGAGCUCAUCAAAUACAAGGGACUGCAAGUCUCUCCAGUGGAGGUAGAGGGAUUCCUCCGCACCCACGACAGCGUCGCAGAUGUUGCAGUUAUCGGCGCGCCGGACCCGGAUGCUCCAGGGAAUGAAUUGCCCCGCGCAUACGUCGUUCUCAAGCCCGGCAAAGCCGCGUCUGAAGCAGAACUUGAGGAGUACGUCAGGUCGAAUCUCGCCCGUCAUAAGCAGCUCCGUGGGGGCGUUAUGUUCGUGGACGAGAUACCGAAAAGUGCAUCUGGAAAGGUUCUCCGAAGGAUAUUGAGAGACCAAGCAAGAAGUGCGAUGAGGAAAAAGGCGAAGUUAUAGAUGCAGUGACGAGGUCCACUUUAGAUUUCAAACAUGUCUCAACUAGAGCAUCGAGUCAGCACAUUUCACAAUGAGAGUUUUCAAGAGUAUUCAACAAAGAAAUGUUCGAUCAAUAUCAAUAGCAAUAUCAAUAGCAAUCUCAAGGAGGAUGAAAGAAGGGGAAGUGAUUUUGGAUCAUCGACAUUAGAGCCAUGUCCGCUUAC